CUGCGAUGCAACCAGUUGCGUGCCACAAGUCGCCAGGUGAACAAGUGAGAAAGAAAGAGAGAGAGACCGAGUUCAGUUGAGUUCCGUUGAGUAAAACGUGUGUAAAAUGUGCGAACAGGGGCGACUACUGAGAGCGAUGGAGGUGACCAGUGUGGUGCUGGUGCUGGGACUGCUGCUGCUGGCCGGAACGGGAGUCAGCGAGGGCCGCCCCAUGGAUCUGUACGAUGAUGUGAGCGACUUCUUUGAUGCCAUCUCGUUGGACGAUGUGGCCAAUACGGGCCGCAACACGCAUCCGGAGCAGUUUUGCCUGAUGCCCGCACGCAAGGGCGUCUGUCGGGCCCUCAUACCCCGUUGGCGCUACGAUCCCGAGCAGAAGAAGUGCGUGGAGUUCAAGUUCGGUGGCUGCGAUGGCAACGAGAACAAUUUCUCCAGCUACAAGGACUGCAUGUCCACCUGCGAGGGAAUGUAGGGGUCACCAGGAUCUGGAGCUGGAGAUGGAGCUGGAGCUGGAGCUACUGCUGAUCGGCCAAUCUGGUCGAUGUGUUGCCAAAGGCGACUGCUUUUCUUUCGAGCUCUGCAAAGUAGCGAACCAAAGGCAGCAUUUACUUUAAUCCACAUACACAUACACAUCAUAAACUUAAUCAAUUCGAUUAACUCUUCUGUACUACGUAAUAUUUAUAUAGUUUCUGUCAUUGAUCCAUUUAUUUUGUACUUUCGGCGAUGGUGUACAACACCACCGAACCGAACCUAGAGCUUAAGUUAUUGUGAUAAAACAAAUCAAAUUGAUUCAUCAUGAAAUAAAG